UGCUCGUUUUCCCUAAACUCAAAGCAUUGCAUAGAAAAUGACAUAAUUAUGCGACUCCUAAAUAUUUCCUUGGGAGAGCGAGGACCCGGCCACGCAGCGGCUGUACCGGCGCAAGCUGCUGCCGCUGGGCGAGCGCGCCUACCUCAGCGUGGUGGACGGCGUGGCGCGCCUGCGCUCCGGCCUCUUCGCCUUCCAGGUAGUAGAGCGAGGACCGGCCACCAGCGGCUGUACCGGCGCGAGCUGCUGCCGCUGGGCGAGCGCGCCUACCUCAGCGUGGUGGACGGCGUGGCGCGCCUGCGCUCCGGCCUCUUCGCCUUCCAGGUAGUAGAGCGAGGACCGGCCACCAGCGGCUGUACCGGCGCAAGCUGCUGCCGCUGAGCGAGC